AUGCCUCCUCCACCUACGCUUCUUCCUCAUACUCGCCCUCCUCCUCAACCUACGCCUCCUCCUCAACCUACGCCUCCUCCUCAACCUACGCCUCCUCCUCAACCUACGCCUCCUCCUCAACCUACGCCUCCUCCUCAACCUACGCCUCCUCCUCAACCUACGCCUCCUCCUCAACCUACGCCUCCUCCUCAACCUACGCCUCCUCCUCAACCUACGCCUCCUCCUCAACCUACGCCUCCUCCUCAACCUACGCCUCCUCCUCAACCUACGCCUCCUCCUCAACCUACGCCUCCUCCUCAACCUACGCCUCCUCCUCAACCUACGCCUCCUCCUCAACCUACGCCUCCUCCUCAACCUACGCCUCCUCCUCAACCUACGCCUCCUCCUCAACCUACGCCUCCUCCUCAACCUACGCCUCCUCCUCAACCUACGCCUCCUCCUCAACCUACGCCUCCUCCGCCUCCUCCUACGCCUCCUACGCCGCCGCCGCCUCCUCCUCCUCCUCCUACGCCGCCGCCGCCUCCUCCUCCUCCUCCUAUGCCGCCGCCGCCUCCUCCUCCUCCUCCUACGCCUCCGCCGCCACCUCCUCCUCCUACGCCGCCGCCGCCGCCACCUCCUCCUCCUACGCCGCCGCCGCCGCCGCCUCCGCCUCCUCCUCCUCCUACGCCACCUCCUCCUCCUCCUCCUCCUACGCCACCUCCUCCUCCUCCUCCUCCUACGCCACCUCCUCCUCCUACGCCGCCGCCGCCACCUCCUCCUCCUACGCCGCCGCCGCCACCUCCUCCUCCUACGCCGCCGCCGCCACCUCCUCCUCCUCCUACGCCACCUCCUCCUCCUACGCCGCCGCCACCGCCACCUCCUCCUACGCCGCCGCCGCCGCCGCCGCCGCCGCCGCCACCUCCUCCUACGCCGCCGCCGCCGCCGCCGCCGCCUCCGCCUCCUCCUCCUCCUACGCCACCUCCUCCUCCUCCUCCUCCUACGCCACCUCCUCCUCCUACGCCGCCGCCGCCACCUCCUCCUCCUACGCCGCCGCCGCCACCUCCUCCUCCUACGCCGCCGCCGCCACCUCCUCCUCCUACGCCGCCGCCGCCACCUCCUCCUCCUACGCCGCCGCCGCCACCUCCUCCUCCUACGCCGCCGCCGCCACCUCCUCCUCCUCCUACGCCACCUCCUCCUCCUACGCUGCCGCCACCGCCACCUCCUCCUACGCCGCCGCCGCCGCCGCCGCCACCUCCUCCUACGCCGCCGCCGCCGCCGCCACCGCCGCCGCCGCCACCUCCUCCUACGCCGCCGCCGCCGCCGCCGCCUCCUCCUCCUCCUCCUCCUCCUCCUCCUCCUCCUCCUACGCCGCCUCCUCCUCCUCCUCCUCCUCCUCCUCCUCCUACGCCGCCGCCGCCACCUCCUCCUCCUCCUCCUCCUACGCCGCCGCCGCCACCUCCUCCUCCUCCUCCUCCUACGCCGCCGCCGCCACCUCCUCCUCCUCCUCCUCCUACGCCGCCGCCGCCACCUCCUCCUCCUCCUCCUCCUCCUCCUACGCCGCCGCCGCCACCUCCUCCUCUAUUGCCGCCCUCGUCGCCGUGCUCACCAUCAUGCUCUGCCAAAUCAAAAGAUGAGGAAAUACCUAAUACUGGUGUGAAUGUAACAUUACACCCUCCUCUAAAUUCAACUGAUGACAUAACAGAUGAAGAUUCGGGUGCUGAAGAAAAUCCAAGUGUAGAUAAAUUACCAGCAAGUCAGCUCAAUGCUACUGCGUUACAUGACCUAGAAGAGAGUGGCAUGGAAGCAACAGGAACAUAA